AGGCCUCUGGGGGUGCAGCUAUGGUGUUUAAGUAAACAAGCCACUUGCCUAUUGAGCUGGCAGCUUGAUGGAUGCCUACGCCUAGAUGCUGUCAAUUCACUUUGUGGUUGAGAGUCUGCCAGGCGUCGAGGUGGUGAAAUGAGCUGAGCAGGAAUGAUGGCAGGUGCUGCAGAAGCUUCUGCACUCAGAGAGGGGGAAGGAAGAGGAGCCUCCCUAAAAUUAGGCAAUGAUGGAACCACACAUAUAAUGGUAACAGUAGUGUUCAAAGCAUAAGGGGUCUUGAGAAGCAAUGGCCACAGAAGCCCCUGUGAACAUAGUACCACCCGAAUGCAGCAGUGUUGUUGGCACAGCAGCUGACUCCUUCGUUUGGCAGCCAAACCUACUAAACAUGCAUGUCAUAAGGCCCAAGUCUGCCAAGGGGCGUACUCGGCCAAGUCUGCAGAAAUCUCAGAGCACAGAGGGGUGCCCUCACCACAUGUCACAUUCUCCGCCUCCAGCCAUUCCCUGUGAGUCACCAAGCAGCCAGAAGCCAGGGGCCUGCACACCCAAAUCUCCAAAUCAGCGAGCUCCUGAGGAGAUCCCUGAGCUGCUGCAGCAGGUGCCCAUUGUGGCUUCCUCUUCUCUCAAUAAGUAUCCAGUCCUACCUUCCAUCAACAGAAAGAACCUGGAGGAAGAGGGUGCUGUGGAAACAGUAGCCAAAAAGGCCAGCUCACUCCAACUGAGCAGUAUCAAGACCCUUUACCAAGAGGAAACCUGCAGCAUGAAGACAAGUGAGGAAGAUUCCAGAGGUCAAGCUUGUUCCCUGGAUGGGAAAUUCAUCAUCCGAACCAAGACACAGGGCUCCUCCAGGGUAGAAAACUUGGAGGAACCAUCAGACCGAGAGCCACGGCUGCUGCUUGCCAUCAGAUCACCAUUAGGCCAAAGGUUUGUACGCCAUUUCCGGCCAACUGAUGACUUACAAACCAUCGUUGCCGUGGCUGAGCAGAAGAACAAGACCACCUACCACCACUGCAGCAUUGAAACAAUGGAGGUGCCCCGGAGAAGUUUUUCUGACCUCACCAAAUCUUUGCAAGAGUGCAGAAUCCCGCACAAGUCGGUGCUGGGCAUCUUACAGGAAGAUGGGAGCAGUGGCCCUGAUUGCACAGCCACCCAGCUGGGAUCUGGGGUCCUGGGUCUCUGAGCAAGGAGCAUGCUUGGGUGCUGUGGCUUUCCAGGCAGGGUGGUUCCAAGUGCCAUGUGAAUCUGCUACAGCUGUGAUUCUCGGGACCUCAUCUUCACGGCAUCUCUUUUGAAGCAGUGAAAUUUGCACAUAAAUCGAAUGUGUUAAGACUCUUCCAGUUGUUAAAAUCUCUCCACCACUGGAGUGGUCAGGCAGGCUACUAAGGCUGUUACUGCAGCUGUUGCCAGGCCUGCUCCUUUCUAGAGUUUUGGGUCCUUCUAACAUAAUGGUCCUUUCUGGAGUACCUGCUUGCCUUUACAAUGAAUUCUCUUUCUCCCGAAGCCAGUGGUUUGCCUUGCUGUAUUUGAUGCAGGAUUAAACACUUCCCAGAGAGGAUUCUAGUCUGGCAAAUGACCAGGAUUCAAGCAAUGUCGAAUUGGCAUUUGUAAUUUUUGCAGGUAUCUUUAGGAAACAGGUAGUCGACACUAUCUUUGGAAGCGACCCCCUUGGAUGGAGUCUGAUGGUUAGAGUCCCUUGGGGAUUGCUGUUUGCGUUAGGUGACAUCAGAGAAAAGGAUAGGUCUUUUGCUAAUACAAAUCCCUCAGUACAUCAAAAUUUCUAAAAUAGUCCUAGUGCUAGAAAGUAAAUUGCUUCCACAGCCAUGGAUUAGCCAGUAACUACUUUUUAAUAGAGACUGACCGGAUUUACAACUUUUGGUAGCUACUCUGUGUGUGCAAAAUACUUCCAGACUUUGGAAAAGCCAAUGUUAUCUGAUUCCCUGUGUCAGUAAUAGAAUCCUUUGUUUCUAAAAUGUACAAACCUACAAGUCUGUACACGUUUGUACUAAAGACCCCCUUGGCUUACCUGUGGUGUGGAUAAAUUGUUUUCUUCCCCAGUGUCAGUGUCCCACCUACUUCAAACACAGAGGCUCCUUUGGAAAAACAUCAGCGGUGCCCCUGUUGUCUGCGAGCUCCGGAAAGAGGAGGGCACCUUGGUUUCAUGUUAUCUGGCUGCCUGCACUGAACGUCCAUGUGCCACAGCAUCUGGUGGAUGGACAUGAAGUACACGUGACAGCCUCAUCCUGUAGCCGCUUUGAAGACCACAGAGUCCUGUUUUUCCAACUCUGAAAGGGUGAAUGUGGACAAUUUGCCAAAGUUCUCUUGUAUUACAAGUUUAGCAAGACUCCCACAACUCAUCUGAUCGCCUUUAUGGCCAAAUCGCCUUUCAGAGUAGGGAACACGCAGGCGUUCUGGGUGCUGUCUUCCCCCAGAGCACAGGGGAUACAGGUUCUCCUAGGUACACAGAAAAGGCAGGAAUCAGAAGGCGUCCUCGAAGCAUAUCAGCAUUGGUGCUUCAGCAACAAGGGCAUUUUAUACACAGAUAAGAAAUGUGGUUGGAAAUGUUACUUCUAGCAAAUUGAUAUUUCCUAGCAAGGGAUAUUAGCAGUACCAUUUCUUCUGAAGAAAGCUUGUCUUUUCCUAACUGCAUUCCACACCACCCAGAUCACUCUAGAAUAGAUUAUUUCUGAAUAUUUUGCAAAAUUUCUUAGAACCAUCCUGGUUUGGGCCACCACUCCUUUGAUUGGAAAGGUCAGGUGGGGCUUGCAGUGCCUUGGGCAGGCCCAUGCGACUGGCACCCCUUUCAGUUACUGACCGUGGCAGAUGGGGCUGGUGGUGGGCUGGCAGUCGAGCCUGGUACUCACAGUUCAGGAAUUUCAUCUCCCACUUAGGACUCAGGCACAUAACUCUGCCUCUGAUCUGGGAGGCUGGGGGAAGAGCCUCCCAUAAAAUCACACCCACUCUGUGGUAAGAAUAAAAUCCCAUCCACCUGAGUCUUGGUAUUUUCUCCAGGCAGGAAAACUUCAGAAAACUUCAGUGAAAUGGAGCAUGCUUGAAGGAAUUAGAAUCUGUGCUUAGGGGUUUGCUGCUGCUAUUUUGCUUAGAAUUUUGGGGGCGGUGAAAAAAAAAGGAAGGCAUGAAGCAUAGAAAUAUUUUAGGAUAUUUUAGGAUAUGUGAAUAAAGCUAGAUUUGAGACAUCUUAAUAAACUUUGCUUUUUGGACAAAACAUGAUCUAACAAUAAAAACUGAUUUGUGUGAAACAGA